AUGGGGCAAUAUUUAUUUAGUGCGGUGCUGGCGACAGCGGUGGCGGAGCGGCGCUUCCCUGCCGGCUUCAAGUUCGGCGUCGCAUCCUCCUCCUACCAGAUUGAGGGGGGAUGGAACGCCAGCGAUAAAGGCGAGAGCAUCUGGGAUCGGUUCGUGCACACCACGCCGGAAGCCAUCGUCGACGGCAGCAACGGCGACGUGGCCUGCGACUCCUACCACCGCUGGAGGGAGGACGUGCAGCUGCUGGAGAACCUCAAUGUGGACUUCUACAGGUUCUCCAUAUCGUGGCCUCGGGUGCUGCCGACCGGGUUCCCGAACCGCUUGAGCGAGCACGGGGCGCGGUACUAUGGGGACCUGAUAGACGCCCUACUGGAGCGCGGCAUAGAACCUGUAGUCACCAUGUACCAUUGGGAACUGCCACAGACUCUGCAGGACUUAGGAGGCUGGGCCAACCCGCUGAUCGCCGACUGGUUCGCGGACUACGCGCGGGUGCUCUUCGACCUGUACGGGGACCGCGUGCAAACGUGGUUGACCAUCAACGAGCCACUGAUAUGUGACUUCGGCUACGACGGGAUCUUCGCGCCGGGGUUGCAGUCUGCAGGACGCGGCUCAUAUUUGUGCUCUAAGUAUAUGUUGCUGGCGCAUGCAAGGGCGUACAGGCUGUAUGAGCGGGAAUACAAGCCUAAGUACGGAGGGACGGUGUCCCUCGUCAACCAGGUGUACUGGUUGGAGCCCCAGACGGAGCAGGACGCCGAGCUAACGGAGCUCGUCAGGGACAUCUCGAUCGGUCGCUACGCGCACGCUGUAUUCUCGGCGGAGGGGGGCUGGCCGCCGGCGCUGGAGCGCUACAUAGCACAGAAGAGCGCGGAGGAAGGCGAGCCCCGCUCCAGGCUGCCGGCCUUCACUCAGGAGGAGAUCGAGCUGAUUAGGGGCUCGUCCGACAUGUUCGCGAUAAACCACUACGCGACGGCGGCGGUGAGCGCGGCGGCGCCGGACGCCACGUACGGCGUGUUCGCGGUGGAGGGCGUCGCCGAGCUGGGCGCCGCCGUCGCUCCGCGCCCGGAAUGGCCGCCCACCGCCUCCGACUGGUUCACGUUGUAUCCCGAGGGUUUCCGUGGGGCCCUGCUAUACUUGAAACAGCAGUACGGGGACGUGGAGUUCUUCGUGACGGAGAACGGGUAUGCGGGCUCCGAUGACCCCCUGGACGACGAGCCUAGGGUCCAGUACCACCGCGACUACCUGGCACAGGUACUCCUGGCGAUGGAGGAGGAUGGAGUCCGCGUGGCGGGCUACAGCGCCUGGUCGCUCAUGGACAGCUACGAGUGGAUGACCGGCUACCAGGCGAGCAUGGGGCUCCACCACGUGGACUUCUCAUCCCCCGACCGCACGCGCACGCCGCGCCGCUCCGCGCACUACUACGCGCAGGUCGCGCGCACGCACGACAUCGACGUCGAUUACAGCUUCCAUGAGGGGGACAACAAGCUGUAGACAUCCCUCUCACGUCUACAACAGGAGCAUGGGGCUGCAAUAGACUUCUC